AUGGACAAAGCUACGAUUGGUACUCAAGGAGAGCUUAUUGAAUUGAUUGUUCAGAAGCUUUAUAAAAAUCCGUCCCUGCUACCAGGCUUUGUCGAUCUUCAUCAUGGCACAUACAAAUCAGUGGAUGUCCAAGAAGUGGAUGUUAUACCCGUCGUAGAUACCUUCCUCGUUGAGAGAAUCAUUCUCCUAAACAGUUUCGGGUGCCCUCUUCUCUCCCGCGAGAGUCACAUACGCAUCGUGAAAGGGGAUGAUGAUACGGCCAAGAAGGCCAAUGAACAGUUCCAUUCUAGUGGGGUCUGGUCGAUGGCGUCAUACAUUAACCACUCUUGCCUGAGCAAUGCUCAAUUACCCGUCGACCUACAGCACUGGGGCUUCAAGUGCGAUUGCAUAUCAUGCCAGGACACACGAAGUCCUGACAGGAGUGUUUUAUCAAACCGAAACAGGAUUUCAGCUGACCUUCGAAGAUUAUUCAAGAGACCCAAGAUGAAUUUGCGAAAGAUUAAAGACACAAUUUCCAGCCUCGUGGGCACAUAUUGUCGACCAGCUUCUGAAGUUCCUCGUCUUGCACUUGAUUCACCAUAUCUGUCUCUUGCUGCGAUCUAUGCUUCAUCCCGAAAACUCGAGAAGGCUGUGGAAUUUGGAUUGAUGAGCCUCGAGUCACUUGGCUUCGUUAUCAAAGGUGGAAAUAUUCCUCAUGUCUCAGAUGCUCCACUAGUCGUCCAAAAAUGGGGCCUGAUGACUGAUGGAGUCGUGGGAUGCUGGAUGAUUCUGUGCUGUGCAUAUCGAGAGCUCGCACCUCCUCUCGCGUCCCAAGCUGAGGGAUAUGCCAGAGUCUUUUACCGAAUCUGCGUUGGCGAAGAUGAGACUUUUGAUCAGACAUACAGCAGGCUAUCAAAUCGGGUGGAUGGCUUUUUGACGACUGCAAAGUAG